GGAAAUGACGUCAUCUGUUCUACAGUAGAAGUUUAUGAGUGAGAAUCUCGAACACUGAAGUCGUCAAGUGAGAACAACAACAAACAGCGGAGAUAUUCUCAAAGGUAACGUUCAGCACUUUGUCAACAGGCAGAUCAAACUAUCGUGCCGAGCUUCGUCGCCUCGUGGAAGUGGCAAACAUCGAGCAAACUUUGGAAAACAGCACUCGGUUGACCAGUUGGGAAUUCUGUCAUGUCAACUUUUCACGUGCAGGCAAGGAUAUGAGGCGGUAACAAUUGGAUUGCCCCAGUAUCAGAUGGUGAUGGUUUCUGAAUUGACUCAGGAAGUGAAGUGACCUUGCAAAGGAAAUCUUAGGCUCAUCACUUCCUACAUGUACAUCAAUCCCAGACUUGUACUUUUUUUGUGGCUUCUUGCUUACCUCAGCAGCAGUGCCAGAAUUUCAGCAGUUGACAUACUGGUACGAAGGGCAGUCAAACAUGGACCGUAAAGCAAUACUGAAGUGUGAGUUCUGUGAUUCGUACAUAUGUACCCAACCUGAAAAAUUGGCCAAACACAUAAGGAAGAACCACAGACCUACACUCAGUUGUAAGAUCUGCAAUUAUAAAUGCCUCAAUCCCAAGACACUGCGAAAACACUGGAAAACACACAGAGGGGGACAGGGGUCGAACACUGAACCACCAAAUACAUACGCUGAACCAAUAUUUAUCUGUGAGCUCUGUGAUUAUCAGUGUACUGCGCACAGCAUAUUGUUAGGACAUAUGAAGCAGCAUAAGGAGAUGCUAAAUGCUGACAAACCCAAAGGAUUCCAUCAUGAUGGAAGCAGACCUGUACUGUACUGUGACAGCUGCAAGUAUGAGUGCAUCAAUCCCAAGACAAUGAGAAAACAUAUCAAGAAUCACAAAAAGGGACAUUCAAAAGCUGCACCGUCCAAUGCACAGCUGCACCUCCAACAUGUCAAUCCCAAGUCAUCACAAAUCUGUGUGAUGAAACAUACAGAUGGAAGUGAGGUAGAUGAUAACUCUGUAUCUGCUGAAAGCUUCGACUUCAUGUGUCCCACUCCCUACCACAAGGCCGACAUGAUGGAUUUUGAAGAGCAAGAACACAGAACUCAGCCUUUCCCAGCUAAAGUUGAAAUUGAACGUCCAAAUCAACCCAGCAAGACUAUGACAUGCAGUGGUACUGGAGUAGUAUUAAGGGACAAUAAGCCUUACUGUGCAUUUUAUUGGAGCCAGGGCAGCUGCAGUUCUAACACUGGGCACCUGGUGGAGCUUCAUGUUGGUAAUAACGUUGUAACAUCAGGAGAUGUGCCAUGAAAAUUGGAGGUCCCAAGUUUGAAAGACAAAUUUGUCUGCUAAUUUGUUAUUGAGGCAUUACAUAUAUAUGAUGAUGAUUAUCUUUGUAUACAUCAUGUAUGUAUCAAUAUCUUGAAAUGGACCUUGAGCCAGUAGUCCUGGAUUUAUUAUGUUCAAUGAAAUUAUGGUAAAGACAAAAAUUUAGCAAGGCAGUAAAAAGUACAUUUCUCUAAAAGUUCAUUUAUCUGUUUUCACUCUCAAGUUACAGUUAACAUUAUUACAUUUCCAGUUCAUGAAUCAAUUGCGUGAAGCCAGUUUGAACUACAUGUAUUUUUAGUUGUCUUGCUGCACUUAUGGGAAGGCUGGCGUAUGAAGCCAUUUUGAACUACAUGUAUUUUUAGUUGUCAUGCUUAUCGGAAGGUAUCCACUAAAAUCAGAUAGCUUAUCACAAUCAUUUCGGUUGUAUUUUGGUGCUUUGCAGAGUUAUAAUAUUGGAACAGUAUUAUUAAAGCAUGACUAU